AUGUUGUUGUGUACGAUAUUAUCAUUCAGUUUCUAUAUUUUCAGCUUUUGGCAGAUAAACGAUGCUAUAUAUACGGCGGGAACCCUGUUGAAAAUGAAACACACAAUCGUUGACAUGGAUACAGAGCUAACGAAGGAUGCACUUUCAAAAGUACAUAGUGUUCGUCAUUUAAGAGGCCAAUAUGAAAGGCACACUGCAUAUUAUAUCGGAGAAAUAUACAGUACAGCGAGCAUGAGAUACAAAGGAAUGGCUUUUCUAUUUAAAAGAACAGAAAAACUCAUUACAUAUUUCAAUACGUCCAAGAUCACGGAAAAUUUAAUUGAAAUCGAUUACCUGUCCAAGGAAAUCGACAAUUUAAUACUAAUGGCAGAAAUGUGGACGAAACCAUUGGCAAAUGAUGAAAACACUCAAAGAGAUAAUGCCCUUUAUCAAAUUAUACAUAGGACGGUUUUUAAUCAGGAAAACCAACCGAACGCAGAAACAUGGAAUGUGAAAAUUUCCACAACACGUAAGAAUUCAUGGCACAUGCAUCCAUCUCCAGUGAAUGAACAAAAUGCAACGAAUAGAGAUAUUGAUAAGCAUAAAGGUACAAUCCCACAAUGGGCCGCAGACUGCGACCGCAGGCGACACUGCGGGCUGGCGCCUGCGGCUGACCGCAGUGCUGCCUGCGGUCGCGGCAGUUCCCUAAGAAGAAAUUCGGCGCCAGCUCAUAGAGCGAAGAGCACACAAGACUGGCUGGCGGCGCGUGAAAUCUACUUCAUCCGGCACGAAGACUGGCCCUCCUCCAGUCCAGAUUUGAGUCCGUUAGAUUACAAGAUAUGGCAACACUUGAAGGAAAAGGCGUGCUCAAAGCCUCAUCCCAAUUUGGAGUCACUCAAGACAUCCUUGAAUAAGGCAACCGCCGAUAUUGACAUGGACCUCGUUCGUGCUGCGAUAGACGAGUGGCCGCGCAAAUUGAAGGCCUGUAUUCAAAAUCACGGAGGUCAUUUUGAAUAA